AUGGGCCACCGAGACAUCACCCCCGUCCAUGUGCCACUUCGCACCUCGAGUCGCAGACCGUCACGAUCCGACCCGAUGGAGACUCAGGACAGCCCCGGAGCUGCAGACCGACAGACCUCCAAAGCCCAACGCUUCUUUGGGACCGAUAUCACACUCCCACAAGAGCAUGCCGGGUGGAAAGAGGCACAGAAAACUCGCCAACCGAGCUACAUCAAGCCCACCAGUGCCCCGAGACAGAGCACCGCAUUUCACCCAUUCCCGAACGCUUCAGAUCACAUCCCAAAACCCGAUCACAACCUCCGCGUGCGAGCUUCGUCGCCUCUUCUAGGCCAUGACUACAAGUCACAAGAAGCUGUGCCACCGAUGCCUAAGCCGAAAAAGGUCCACCACUCUGGUUCUUCCAACGCGCUCUUUUCGUACUUCAGUUCCAAGGAAUCAAAGGAAGCCAAGUUGGCCGCGAAGAACCAGUCACUCCAGCCUGAAGUGCGCAAUGGGCUGGGAAUUGAUCCCCAAGUGACGUUCAAACACGCCCCGGAACCUCCCAAAGAGUCCAAGCGCAAGAUGCGUCCUCCCAGAAUUGAUCUCUCUGUCCUGUUCCCAAAGCCGCGUAACCCAGCCCCACAGACACUUCUGUCGCCUCAGAGAAUGGUCAACUCUCCAUCUUCUGUGUCCACGGGAGUGACAGAUCGUCCAUCUGACAAGCUUGAAAGACCCGUUUCAAACAGCGGCUCUAAGAGAUAUUCCGAGGCACCUCGACGAGCCUCGGUCACCAAGCACGAGUUUCCCAAACACGUCGAUAACUCAGAUUUACCGUCUAUUGCCGAGUCUCGAAACAGUGGAUGGUUCGAUCAGCCACUUGAACGGACAGUGGGAACCAGUGAGAUCGAUGUCGCCCUCGAUAGAUACGCAGGGCGCAGAUCACUCUUCAGCCGCUCCAGCGUAUACACUACGAGUCGAGAGCAUCUAUCACCAGAACAGCCACGCCCGCAGGAGCCUCGCAAGAGCUCCAGGCGCCCCCGCACCCCCUCAUCCCAGCCAAAGGAGAUGUAUCUCAGUCCUACCUCAUAUCCGGAAUCGGUCCGUGCUCGGGGCAACAGUACUUCCCAGGAGUCUAACAAGACUAGCAAGACUAGUAAAACUACAAAGACCGAGAAGAGUUCUGUGACCAAGAAGAGCAGCAAGAGCACUUUGAAGAACAAGGAUCUACAGAAUACUAGCAUCUUGUGUCUUUCAUCUUCCGAAGACGAGGACGAGGACCAGACUCCCACGACUGAGCCUCCGCGCAAGGGAAGCAAGCACAGAGACAGCGUGGGUACCUACGAUGAAUCUGAGCCAGAGAUCUAUAUGGCUGCCACGGCCAGGGCAGCCACUGCUACUGCCGCAAAACGGUUCGACCGGGCUCAUUCCACCAGCAGUGGUGGGUCUCGUCAGACAGUCCAGAGUCAACCGCCACCUCCAGUGCCACGCCCACGUAAGGCUUCUCAGUCAUCGAACGGCAAGUCCUCCACGACGACACGACGCACUACACAGACUCGUCGCUCAAGCGGAGUGCCCACCAUUGCCGAGCCUGACAUCCUCUCUCAAUUUCCCCAACAGCCCCUCCGUUCUCCAGCGGAACUCAAAGAGAUGAACCGACGCAGUCGCUACAUCGCAGUGACCCGUCAAGAGCAGGAUCUUCUCGAGGCAAUGCGUAUUCGCAAGGGCAAGGUCACACCAAGUCUUUUCAAUGCCAACGCAUCAGACAGACGAUCUGUCGUCUCAGGACCAUCCCGCGAUUCAUUCUGUGGAUCCGACACCUCAUUCUUGCGUCUCAGCAAUGCCUACCCACCCUUCGACGCCCAGUCCCUCAAAAGCACAGCCGCAUACAAAGACGGCAUGGCAUCAUCGGGUUCCGACUCCGAGCAAAAGGGCGAAACCGCUCUUUCCUCCCCUGGCUUCAGCGCAGACUACUCCGAAAGCUUGCCUUCCCCCGCCACCAGCGCUGCAUCGCCAUUGACACCGACCCUGCCGAUCCAUCGCUUCUCACCCCUCCCUUCCCCUAAGCCUCCCCAAGAGGUCCUCCCCCCGCCAUCCCGGAAGAUCAUAAGCAGCACACCCGCCGCCGCACGGAUAGCAGCGAAGCUAUCAUGA